AGCGAAACUCUUAUUAAAUAAAAGCGAAUGCCAAGGACGGUUCUAUAUUGAUUGGAUACUUGUUUGCGUCGCCUCUGAAACUGCCGCUCGUUAGCGGUGCAUCGGCAUGGAAAGGCACUGGAAGUCGGUCUUAAUCAUCAGCAUCUUGGCUUUCGUGGCGGAUGCUGCCGUGAAUGAGUCCACUGUGCGACGGCAUCGCUACGAUCACGGCCUCUUCAAUGCCAGCCUGGAAUUGUCCGCGGAAGUUAUUGCCACAGAUAAUCGGGAGAAGGAGGGGUUUACUGUCCAAUCACGGAAUGAACCCCAUCUCAUCCGGAGCUCCGUCAUCUUUGGAUUGACCAAAGCGGCCAACGAGAGCAAUGUGAGUCCCAGUUGCCACAACCAUUUGAAGCAAGUGCAGCGGGGAAUCCUCAGCAAACAACCUUGGGCCAUGAAAGUUCUUGAUGCCUCGGGAACAAAGCCAUCUGGUUUCGUUUUCGGCCAGAACUACUGGCUGGGCAGUCGAGAGGCAUGUCGUGGUGUCCAGAACCCCGUGGGAAUUACUCUGUCCCGGAACUACGAGCGAGUGAUGCACUACAGCAUCCUGACACAAAGUGCUCCCUUCGGGAUGGACUACAGAGUGAUCUACCUGAAGCAUCGCUCACCCUGGCAGGUGGAGAUCAAGGUGAUGUCCGAGCAGGUGCUCCACAUUGGACUGUGCCUGCCCAGCUCGUGCAGAUCCGAGGAGGUGAAGCAACUGGCCAGGGACUACGUGGCAGGUGGUUCGUUCGCCGAGGAUGACAUCUUCGAUAUCCAACCGGAGGUUCUGUACAUGAAGGAUCUCAAGCUGAGCGAGCGAUUCUUCCAGCGACUGACUUUCCGACUGGUGGUGGCCGCCAUCCUGGUCACUGGAGCUCUGACGCUCUGCGCCCAGCAAUUACGGGUGGCCAAGAGGGGCGAUGAACCGGAUACUGGACUGGCUCCUGUGGAAUCGGAAAUCUGGCAGGCAAUGGAUUUCAUCCUAAAGUGGCAGCCUCUCCAGAACUUCGCGUCCUGCUUCGAUGUGGCCAAUAAUUGGGGGAAGAUUUCAGCAAUGAGAACGAACCAACCGGGGGAGAUCCCGAUCAUGAAUGGACUGCGAUCAGUGUGUGCCAUCUUGAUCCUGGUCUUCCAUGUGAUGUGGUACAUGUACUUCACGGUGCACAACAAAACGGAGCUGAUAUCCUAUGCGGAAACGGUUUUCUUUCAGUAUGUUUCUACGGCGCCGCUCCUCGUGGAUGUCUUCUUUACGAUCAGUGGCUUUCUGCAAACGUACAACUUCCUGAGAAAUACAAAACAGUUGGAGGCAGUGCGUCGCAAUGGACUGUGGGGCAAUGUGAAGCUCUUUGGAAAGCUGCUGUUCCAUCGUUACCUGAGAUUGGGUCCACUCUAUCUGGUGGUGAUGGGCAGCGUGGACCUGGCCUUCGCCUACAUCGGAGAUGUGUCGGUCUUCCACAUAAACGAGAGAUUCGACGAGCUGUGCACCCAGCACUGGUGGCGCAACCUGCUCUUCAUCCAGAACCUCUUCGAUCACCGGGAGAUGUGUGCCAACUGGAGUUGGAGUCUGGCCUGCGACAUGCAGUUCUUCCUGCUGGCAAACAUUGUGCUAUUCAUUUAUGCAAGACAUCCGAAAGUGGGCAAAGUACUGACGGUAUCUGGACUUCUGGCGACGAUAAUCUGGUCCUACGGGAUCGGGAUCUCGACCAAGUUCGAGUUCUCCUUCGACUCCACCUACGCCACUGGCACCCAGAUAUACACGAGUCCAUUUGUGAGGGUGCUGCCCUAUAUUGUGGGAUCAAUCGUCGCCUGGGGUUUCCUGGAGCAGCGAUUCCAGAUGGAGAUGAGUGAACGGAGGACCCGACGGAUGUGGCACUUGAGUCUCCAGGUGUUCGUGGGCUGCAUCUACUCCACGGUGAAGCGAGAUCUGGGCUAUCUGAUCACCAUUUCGCUGUUUGUCCUCGGACGCGGUCUGUUUUCCCUCACCGUUUGCUGGAUGAUCGUGGGCAGUGCAUCGGGAAGUGGAGUGUGGUGGUCACGCCUCUUGGAGGCCAAGUGCUUUCAGCACCUGAACCGCCUCUCCUACGCCAUAUAUCUAUUGAAUCCCUUGGUGAUUGCCCUCGUCUACAGCCUGGCCAGUACGAGUUCUGCUGUCGAUCCCUUCCUGUUGACCGUCAUCUGCUGUGGCUUUACGAUGAUCGUCUACCUCGCCUCCAUCGCCUUUUCACUUGCUUUUGAGGUUCCCUACGGCAAUCUGUCGAGUUUGCUGCUCAGGGGAAAGCCCAAAACCGCAUAAACUGUGAUUACUUCUCAUUGCUAACAUUGCAUCUAAGUCACUUAUUAAUAAGAAAAUAUGGUUACAUCAAUGAAUUCGUGUUUUCUUUGUUUGAAUAACAGGAUUAAAAAGCAUAAUUUAUCAAAUGCCAUACGUAAACAUUAGG